AUGAGUUCUCACCUGUCGGAGCUGUGCAAGGCCAGCGAGGUUGGUCCCAUCAUGGAGCGUCUUAAGCAGGUAUACCCGGAGCGUCCCAACCUGGGCUGUGAUUAUGAUGAUGAUGAUGAUGAUGAUGCGUUUCAUUUGGCUUCUGGCUUUACGAGAGAAGUUCAUGAGCAGAUGCGAUGCACGUUUGAGGGCAUUUGGGGGUACCAGGAUGACGAUGGCAGGACUGCCCUUCACUGGGCGGUAGCCAUGCGGAAUUUUUCUCUAGCUGGCACACUCAUGAAGGCACCCUACUUUUCUCUGGUUUUCAGCGAGGAUCACGACGGCGCAUCGCCGUUUAUAACAGCCUGCAUGGUUGGUGCACCCGAAGAGUUUCUGAAGGAACUCUUGACGACAGCGGCGGCACAGAGAAGCUGGAAGUUGACCCAGGAGCAAGAGAGCAUAGAUAGUAAACAAGAGCAUGUUACGGCGGAUGUGAAUUCAGGGGAAACCAAGUCCCUAGAUGACUCUCUUAUGAAUCAUAAAAUAGCUAUUCUGGAUCAAGCUGACAACCUGGGGAAUACGUCACUUUUAUAUGCUGCUGGGCGAGGCAAUAUUGCUAUUGUGCGUUUCUUGUUGCAACUUGGGGCAUCAAUUGAUCAUCAGAAUAAACGCGGACAGUCUGCACUCCAUCGUGCCACGAGUCGCGGUACAAAUGAUGUAGUGGAAGAACUUGUAGUGACAAGUCGGAAGGUACAUAGUGUUGCAGAACACCGUCGUUGGAUGAAUUUGCAAGACUACCAUGGCGACACCGCCUUAUUUUACGCCUCGAUGGACAAUAACGAAGAGCUGGGCCGCUAUCUGUUACGUCACGGUGCUGACCGCGAGAUAAGAAAUAAGGAAGGAAAGGCGUUUUGGGAAAUCUAA